ACCUCACUGCUAAUUUCCCUAGCAAAUAAACCAGCAGCUGCUGAUCCACGUACUAAGUUACCACAGAGAACAGGGCACUGUAUGCAUGGGACAGGAUGCUUUCAUGGAGCCCUUCAGCGGCACAGCUGGGGUCUUUAAGUGCAAAAUAUACCUCCUUCUCUUAGGUGCUUGUUCAGGACUGAAGGUGACGGUGUCCUCACACAUUGUCCACGGCAUCAGGGGUCAGGCCCUCUACCUCCCUGUGCACUAUGGCUUCCACACUCAGGCAUCAGACAUCCAGAUCAUAUGGCUGUUUGAGAGGCUCCACACAAUGCCCAAAUACUUGCUGGGCUCUGUGAAUAAGUCUGUGGUUCCCGACUUGGAGUACCAACACAAGUUCAGCAUGAUGCCACCCAACGCAUCUCUGCUCAUCAACCCACUGCAGUUUACAGAUGAAGGCAAUUACAUCGUGAAGGUCAACAUUCAGGGAAAUGGAACACUCUCCGCUAAACAGAAGAUAGAAGUCACUGUUGACGAUCCUGUCAGAAAGCCAGUGGUGCAGAUUCAUCCUUCCUCGGGGGCUGUAGAAUAUGUGGGGAAUAUGACCCUGACAUGCCAGGUGGAAGGGGGCACUCGGCUAAUUUACCAGUGGCUAAAAAACGGCAGGCCUGUCCACACCAGCUCCACCUACUCCUUUUCUCCCCAGAACAACAGCCUUCAUAUUGCUCCAGUGACCAAGGAAGACAUUGGGAAUUACAGUUGUCUGGUGAAGAACCCUGUCAGUGAGAUGGAAAGUGACAUCAUUACGCCCAUCAUAUAUUAUGGACCUUAUGGACUUCAAGUGAAUUCUGAUAAAGGACUAAAAGUAGGGGAAGUGUUUACUGUUGACCUUGGAGAAGCCAUCCUAUUUGAUUGUUCUGCUGAUUCUUAUCCCCCCAACACCUAUUCCUGGAUCCAGAGGACUGACAAUACAACGUAUGUCAUUAAGCAUGGGCCUCAUUUGGAAGUUGCUUCUGAGAAAGUGGCCCAGAAGACAACGGACUAUGUGUGCUGUGCUUACAACAACAUAACUGGAAGGAGGGAUGAAACUCGCUUCACAGUUAUAAUCACUUCUGUAGGACUGGAGAAGCUUGCACAAAAAGGGAAAUCAUUGUCCCCUUUAGCAAGCAUAACUGGAAUAUCGUUAUUUUUGAUUAUAUCCAUGUGUCUUCUCUUCCUAUGGAAAAAAUAUCAACCCCACAAAGUUAUAAAACAGAAGCUAGAAGGCAGGCCAGAAACAGAAUACAGGAAAGCUCAAACAUUUUCAGGCCAUGAAGAUGCUCUGGAUGACUUCGGAAUAUAUGAAUUUGUUGCUUUUCCAGAUGCUUCUGGUGUUCCCAGGAUGCCAAGUAGACCUGUUCCAGCCUCUGAUGGUGUAUCAGGGCAAGAUCUACACAGUACAAUUUAUGAAGUUAUUCAGCACAUCCCUGCCCAACAGCAAGACCAUCCAGAGUGAGCUUUUAUGGGCAAAGCAGUCCAUUGGAGUGAAAUGAUGAAGGAAAAUUUGAGGAAAAACAGAAGAAAUGUAUAUUCAUCUGGAAUCAGUGAAGACAUCAAGUUUAUUACCUCUCACUCAUUAGUCUUUUUAAGUGCAGGAUAGAGGCACUUAUGAAAAUUAGACUGUAGGCUUUCCAGCAUAAAUGUGAUGUCUUGUGCAACAGAGGAAAAUGGUAUGGAAAUAUUCCUCAAUGGACAGUCUUUAUCAUGAUGUGAGAAAGAAAAGGACAGGACGGGGCUUUCCAAUCCCUCUUUUUAUAUCCAAUUUCUCUGAAAGGCCUAUUUAAUUCUAAUCUAUACUUUCACUUUCAUCAACCUUGACACUAUCCUAUCUCACCUACAAAUGUGGAAACUUUAUACUUGUAAAUUUCCAAGCAGGCUUUACUGUUAAGAUUGCUAUAUUUAUUUUUUAUUUUAUUCCCAAAUUUAUAUCUUGUUAUUUGUAUCACAAAAUAAUAGGAUGGUUGUUACAAGAAAAGGACUAUGCCUUCCGUCCUAGGCUGUUGAUCACCAGUGGUGUUUUUGAGAAGACUUGUAAAAUGCGUAAGGAAAUGACUUAUUAAAGUCUUAUCUUCAUUUUUGUUCAAGGAAAGAAGGAUUCAAAUAAAUUAUUCUGUCUUUGCUUUUAUGUGGCCUUCAUUCUUUGUCUUGUAGUGUAAAA